UUUCCUCGCCUAAACAUUCAGCACUGAAUAUUUCAGUUCGCUGUAGAGAAUAUUACAUCUUUCCUCUCCGAAUAUGCCUACUGAGGUUAUAUGGUACAUUCUGCAUUCAAUUUUCAACACAGCUGUGACACAGAACAUAUACACACGAAGAAGGCUCCACUGCCGAGAUGUGUUUCUUUCCUUCUAUUUUCAGCCUGGAUUAAACCUUUACUUAUUCAUUUACAGACCAGGUAGAUUCCUUUGCAGACUUCGCAUGCUGACGCAGAAACCCACCUGAACUACUCAGACUAGAUAGUUGCUCAUUUCUUGUCCAAGAAAUGUAAAGACAAUAAUUUUCUCAUCAAAGAUGACAGAAGUUUAGAGCUAAUUGUAGGAGUGCACGAUUAUGACAUUGUAAAACCACAAUCGGUUAUGAAUAUAUGAGAACGGCACCAAACGUAGCCUUGAACUUUUGAAAUCUUGGCUUAGAGCUCAAAGAUCGCGCUUAAGGACAAAGUUGAGCCACAAGCAAAUCGUUGGAAUGGCUGCUUUUCCUCACAAUGUAGAGGAAAUUUAUACAACCAAGGGACUUUAGUAUUCGUUUGACAGAACCGGGUGCGAGUCUACAGCAGCUCUCAAUCAUGAUUGUAUUAUUUACUAUUUUAGCGGGCUUGGCUUUUUUGCCGUUAUUGUUAUACUCCUGCUUCCCUUACCUUGGCUACGACUUUCUGUACUUCUUGGGUUUUGCCAGAUGUGCAGCUCGGAUGAUCAAGUAUAAGAAGAAAAAGCCCCUUUUCACCAUUUUGGACUGUUUUUUGGAGUGGGUGAAAAAGCAGCCAGACAAGACCUUUAUCGUGUUCGAGAACAAGGCUUAUUCUUACUCUGAAGCGGAUAAACUCAGCAGUCGAGUGGCCAGGGCGAUCCAGAAACAUGCCGGCGUGAAGGAAGGGGAUACGGUGGCGUUGUAUUUAGGAAACGACCCCUGGUUUGUGUGGACCUGGCUGGGACUCGCUAAAUUAGGAUGUACAGCGGCACUUCUGAAUUAUAACAUCAGGUCCAACUCUCUUCUGCAUUGCUUUUCGUGCUGCGGGGCUACUGUGCUGAUCGCAGCUCCAGAGCUGAAGGGCGCAGUGGAAGAGGUGCUGCCUGCCCUGAGAGAGCAACGCGUCACCGUGUUUAUCCUCAGUGAGCAGGCCGACACGGAAGGCGUCGAGAGCCUCGCGGACAAGAUCGAGCAGGCGCCAGAUUACCCCCUCUCUCCGGCUCUGAGGUCACACGUUACUGCGAAAAGCACCGCUCUGUACAUUUACACCUCGGGGACCACAGGCCUUCCAAAAGCUGCAGAGAUAAACCAGGAGCGGAUCUGGGCAGCAUCGUUCCUUCAAGGAAUUGUAGGAGUGACCUCUGAGGAUAUCAUCUACAUUAAUCUGCCUCUCUAUCACAGCGCUGGGCUCUUAAUGGGCCUGUGUGGCGCUAUAGAAAGGGGGAUAACAGUUAUUUUGCGGCGCAAGUUUUCAGUCUCCCAGUUCUGGGACGACUGUAGGAAGCACAAUGUGACAGUGAUCCAGUACAUUGGGGAAAUCCUGCGCUACCUGUGCAACACGCCAAAGAAAGACCACGAUCAGGAUCAUAAGGUCAGGCUGGCUUUUGGCAAUGGUGUCAGAUCAGACACCUGGUCGGAGUUUCUCCAGCGAUUUGGAGAUAUCCGGUUCUGUGAGUGCUAUGGAGCUACAGAAGGCAAUGUUGGCUUUGUGAAUUAUGUGGGAAAAGUUGGUGCAAUCGGACGGGCAAAUUAUAUACACAAGAAACUCUUCCCUUAUGCAUUGAUAAAGUACGACACAGAGAAAGAGGAGCCAGUGAGAGACUCUCGAGGUUUCUGUGUGGAAGUUCCCAAAGGAGAGACGGGUCUUUUAGUGACAAAGAUCACCAAAGUUGCCCCAUUCACUGGCUACGCAAAAAACCAGCAACAAACAGAGAAGAAGAAGCUGAGGGACGUCUUUGAGAAAGGAGACGUCUACUUCAACAGUGGAGACCUUCUGAAGAUCGACAAGGACAAUUUCAUCUACUUUCAGGACCGAAUUGGAGACACAUUCAGAUGGAAAGGGGAAAAUGUGGCGACCACAGAAGUUUCGGACACAUUGGUCAUGUUGGAUUUCGUUGAAGAAGCCAGUGUAUAUGGUGUGACAGUGCCAGGGCAUGAAGGAAGAAUAGGGAUGGCAGCGCUGAAAUUAAGAAAUGAUGAACAGUUUGACUGCGUCUCCAUCUACAAGCACGUUGCCAGCUACCUCCCAAGUUAUGCGAGACCUCACUUUGUUAGGAUUCAGAAAAACCUGGAGGUCACUGGGACAUUCAAGCAGAUGAAGGUGAAGUUAGCAGAAGAGGGCUUCAAUCCAGAGCUGAUCCAAGAUGCCCUUUACUUUCUGGACGAGAAGUGCAAGAAAUACAUACCGAUGACUCAGGAGAUUUACGAGUCCAUAAUUUCAGGGAACAUUAGACUGUGAAGUUAAGGUUAAAUGGUAACUUUUACUGCCAUACACUGCCAUAGUGACAGUAAAACCUUGCUGCCCUAAAUUGUUUAAACCUAAUUGUGUAACAGCAGACACUGAGUAAGGAUGUGAUCCAAUGUAUAUUUUUUAUGAUUGGUCUAGGAUGAAGGAGGACCAGAACUUGUCUGCUUAAGUUCGAGUGGGGACCUGUGUCAGUAUGCGUUGGCUAUGUAGUAAAAGUUAAUCCCACAUUAACUCCAGCGAAACUGUUGUGUUUCUUCAGUCUGUUUUUCAGUAUGAAAUUAACCAGUACUUGUUUGCUUUUGUUAAGCAUAGAGAAUGAGCCAUAAAAUGUCGUAUUUUACUGCUUGCAUAAUAUAAUCAAUACAAUGGCACGUUGGAUCACACUGUUGGUCUAAUUCCAGUAUCAAAGUUUAACAUUUUUUCCAGAUUAAGAAAUGUUCAUCAUGCAUGAAACACCCGUGUCUGGGGUGUUAUGGGGGAGUUGGCAGAGUGGAGUGAUGGGUUAAAUUCAGUGGAUUUAACAAAUGCCUGGACAAAAUGACCCAUUGGUGCCUGGUCUUGGACCUACACUUGUUACCCAAGUUAUUCACUUAUUCAGCAUAAUAAAUGAACUGUGCCUUUUUAA